CUCACUUGCAACUCGACCUCAGCAGUGGUCUCUCAGUCCUCUCAAAGCAGGGAAAGAGCACUGUGCGCUGGGAGACUAUGGCAAAGAAUCCUCCAGAGAACUGUGAGGACUGUCACAUUCUAAAUGCAGAAGCUUUGAAAUCCAAGAAGAUAUGUAAAUCACUGAAGAUUUGUGGACUAGUGUUUGGGGUCCUGGCCUUAACUCUAAUUGUCCUGUUUUGGGGGAGCAAACACUUCUGGCCGGAGGUAUCCAAGAAAACCUAUGACAUGGAGCACACUUUCUACAGCAAUGGUGAGAAGAAGAAGAUUUACAUGGAAAUUGAUCCCCUGACCAGAACAGAAAUAUUCAGAAGUGGAAAUGGCACUGAUGAAACAUUGGAAGUCCAUGACUUUAAAAAUGGAUACACUGGCAUCUACUUCGUAGGUCUUCAAAAGUGCUUUAUUAAAACUCAAAUCAAAGUGAUUCCUGAAUUUUCUGAACCAGAAGAAGAAAUAGAUGAGAACGAAGAAAUCACUACAACUUUCUUUGAACAGUCAGUGAUUUGGGUUCCUGCAGAAAAGCCUAUUGAAAACCGAGAUUUUCUGAAAAAUUCUAAAAUUCUGGAGAUUUGUGAUAAUGUGACCAUGUACUGGAUCAAUCCCACUCUAAUAGCAGUUUCUGAAUUGCAAGACUUUGAGGAGGAUGGUGAAGAUCUUCAUUUCCCCACCAAUGAGAAAAAGGGGAUUGAACAGAAUGAGCAAUGGGUGGUUCCGCAAGUAAAGGUGGAGAAGACCCGUCACACCCGACAAGCAAGUGAGGAAGACCUUCCAGUAAAUGACUAUACUGAAAAUGGAAUCGAAUUUGACCCCAUGCUGGAUGAGAGAGGUUAUUGUUGUAUCUACUGUCGUCGAGGCAACCGCUACUGUCGCCGAGUCUGUGAACCUUUACUAGGUUACUACCCAUAUCCCUACUGCUACCAGGGAGGACGAGUCAUCUGUCGCGUCAUCAUGCCUUGCAACUGGUGGGUGGCCCGCAUGCUUGGGAGAGUCUAA